AUGAAACCUUUGAAUGCUGAGAACCCUCAAGAGUUGGAAAGAUUUGCUGGCCUAGUGGAAAGGACAGUGGUUACUUUAAAGGAAAGCAAACACACCUCAGAUCUUGAAGGCGGAACUUUGUAUGCUAUUGUGUUGGAAAAAAUUCCCCAAUCUUUGCUUAGCCAGUACUACAGACGGGUUAAAGAAAAGGGAAAGCUGGAGUCUUUUGAGGAAUUGCGGGAGUGGGUCGCCGAAGUAGCAGUAUACCAAAGUCAAGCAUCCGGGGUAAAGAAUGGUGUUUCCAGUGCAAGUGGUAACAUUGUCAAAUGGCCUCGGUUGUACUUCGGGACUGGAGAUAAAUGUGACCGCCCUUGCAAGGUGUGCAACCAGAAACACCAAAUAUGGAAGUGCGAGGUGUUCAAAGGAAUGGAAAAUAAAAAGAAGUGGGAGACAGCGAAGAAGCUAGGCCUUUGUUAUCGUUGCUUAGGAAAAGAGUGCGAGGGAUGUCGUUGGAGUAAAGAGUGUGGUGUGGAUGGGUGCAAGGAGCAUCACCACCAGAUACUUCAUCGAAGCAAAAGUCUGCCAGGUUCCAUGCAGGGGAAUACUGAUUCUUGCAAUGCAUCUAAUGUCUAUUGGGCAUUAUUGUCUAUCGUCUUUUGGGCAUGCAUUGCAAUGUCUUGCAAUGCAUCUAAUGUCUAUGACGUAUGA